UUUUUUGUCGGUUUAAAUUUUUGAAAAGAAUGGCAAACGAACAAGGUUGACCGUCAUCAAGCAAGAUCAUCAAUCUUUCCAAUGUUUUGAAAAGAACACAUUCUAACGCUCCUGUUGCGCCUAUUGUUACUUCUAAAAGGGCUCGAAUUUUGGCACCGGGGGUAAUUUUUUCUUUAUUAAUUUGUUUAGACAACUUUUAGGAUACGGGAGCAAAUUUACAUUUCUAGGUUAAUUUAUCUUGUUAAGAGUUCCAGGACAGGCUGAUUGUUUCAUAAAUCUGUAUAAAACUUGUUUGGUUAAACAUUUUUGGAACAUCAAAUAUUCUAAGACAAAAGACGCCUUUAUAUAACUCCGCAAAACCCUACAAACGGUAAUAAUGAACAAUUGGGGAGACACCUUAAAACACCUUAAAAAUUGUUAUUUUUUCUGAAAAUAAUUUUAUUUAGGAGUUAGUAUGUUAGUUAUUUGGGGUGUUGUAUAUGUGUAUAUGGAUUCGGGAUCUGAGUGGAUGUGUGUGUGGAUAUUAAUUAGUGGAUGUGCGAGAGUGGGCUUACAGAGGUCCUACCCGUUUCUAAACCAAUUCACCAAAUACUGUUUAUAUACUUAUUGAAUGAACAUUAAUAAAUGGAUUAGAAUGGAUUGAGGAAGUGAAAUUGAUAAGUGGAAAUUAUAGGACUGUAUAAAGUUGAUAGGAUUUGCGCGAGGACGAAGUAAACAUUUGGAAUAUGAAUAAAGUUAAGGAACUGGAUAAUGGAUUGGACUGGAGUGAGAUAGACUGAGAUUGGAUUGGACUGGACUGAGAUAAAACUGCGAUGAUUAUUGGAGGGAAUGGAAUCAUUAUAAAUUGGGAAAAGGGGAGUGGGGAAUGGAAUAAGCGAUAGUCAACAAGUUGGAUUAGUGGAGAUUGUUAAUGUGAUUAGUUGGGAAAGUGGUCGGGAAUAAGAGGAAAUAAUAGGAGUUCAUGUGAAUGGAUAAUGGGAAGUGAUUGGGAAAAAGUGGAACAAUAGGAAUUCACGUGAACGUGUAAUGGAAAGGCUGGGAAGGAAUUGUUGUAAUUGUAAACAAUAAUAUAGUGGAAUUAAGCGGAAGUGUAGAGGCAAAGUUCAAAGAAAAGAAAACUAUUAAUUUAUAAAUGGGAAGAUAGAAAUGGGAAUUAGAGUCUGGGAUUUGAGUCUGGGAUUAACUUAGUUUUGGUUCGGUUCCUGGAUCAGGGUUACAUAGGUAAUCAAACAUGCUGAAUCGGCCAUGCCGAUUUCAGAGUUUAUAAUUUAAGUAUGUCUCCCCAAUUGUUCAUGAUUACCCUACAAACGACAAGUGCCUCAAGUUAAUAAAUUUGUGUUAUCAUGUAAUUAUUCACAAUAUACAUUAAGAGAUUAUUUAAGGCAUGUCCGAGUUCAUAUUAGCAUCACAAACGAUGGUCUCACGACCCAUAUUCAUCUUUUCAAUUUUAGGUAUAUUUGCAAUACGAUCCCUCCUUAUUUCUCAUUGCUUCUGAUACAUAUUUCAACAAGGAUGAUUGGAUUCAAUCAUCAAGUAAACUUUGGCUUUCCGCGUCUUAUGCCGUUAAACUGCUUUUUCUUGAACUUGAUGUGUGUAUCUUAACCCAUAAAGCAACAAAACGAUUAUGUUGCUAUGCUAUUGACCAAUCUCCCCAUUAUGAUACUCUUGGUAUGGAUGGAGAGGAUGCAAGAAAUCAAGCAAAAAAGCAAUUUAAAAUGAGUGAAUCGUUCCAUAAAUUUACGUAUGGUCAAGACUUUGCUACAGGAACUUUUGAAAGUAAUAAAGAAGAAAUCUUCGAGUUUAUUAAAAAUUUCUUAGAAAUUAAAAAAGAAGAUAUUCAACCAAAUUUGCUUUAUUUUUUAAACAAUUGCAAGUAUAUUGAUGUUAACUAUAACUCUGGCGAAACGAAAAUGGCAAAUAAAAACUAUCAUUGUAGAAUGGAGUCUUAUUUGCUUUCAUUGACUUUAUUAAUGGCAUCAAAGGAAGAACUUGAAAAGCUGACGGUGGCUCAAAUUCGUGAAAAACUCAAAAGUCGUAAAUUGCCAGCCUCUGGACCAAAAUCUGAGUUGGUUACUCGCCUUUUUGAUUCCUUAAUGGCAGAAGAAAAAUUACUUGAAGAGGGGCCUGGUGGUGAAAGUAUUGACCUUUCUGGCGUUAAUAUGGAUGAGGUUUUGGGAUUGGAUGAUGAAAAGGAUACACACAGUUCUACUACUGCAAAUGAAGAUAUUGAAGAGGGAAAAGAAAAACAACCUGCGAGUUGCGAUAACAGCGAUGAAUCAAUUAAAAAUAAUGAUGAGGAGAAGGGAGCAAAUAAAACUGAUGAGGAUAAAAAGGAGGAAGAAAUUAAGGGAAAACUAAUCACUCGUGAGGAUCAAUCAAAAAGGAAGGGAACAACCGAUGAAGAUGUAAAAAUGUUAAAAUUAGCUGAACGUGUUGGGUUGCCUGUAAAACGACGUGUUUCUGAGUCGGAAUCUGACGAUAUAUUGACUAAAAGAGAAAAGAGAUUUGGAUCUUUUUCGGGAAAUAAGGAAGGAGAGAAGAUUCUAACAAAAAAGGAUGAAGAAGAGGCUAAGGAGAAAAGAGCUGCUCGUUUUGGUAUAACCGAUGAAAAAAGAAAGACAACAGACGAGGACAGUAAAAUGUUAAAACGCGCUGAACGUUUUGGAUUGCCAUUGAAAAGGGGUGGUGCUUCUGAAUCUGAACAAAGUGAAAUUUUGGCUAAAAGAGAAAAACGAUUUGGAAAAGUUAUUGGGAGUGGGGAUAUGGAAACCAAAAAGGAGGCUCGUAUAAAACGUUUUGGAGUUGUGAGUUAA